AGGAAAGGGGGGAAAUGGGCCUUUCUCUCUGAUUCUUUCAUUCCACAAAAUUGCUCCAUAGGCCCAUAAGUUAUCCAUCCAAAGGCCCACCAAACUUCUGCUUCUCCGAAAAGGAAGUUCCUCACGAACGUACACAAGACCACCAUAUAUAUACGCACAGUUCGUGUCUGCGUAACAAAGUGAACCGAGAAGAGAGACAGAACGCAGGGCACACUUCUCUGCUCCUCUUUUUGCAUACCCAUUGAAACUUCACUACGGUUGUCAGGUUUGUACUUCGGCAAUUUGUGAUUUCUCUCUCAAAGGACUGAAAAGAAGCUUUCGGACUCCACAGAAUGUCAGGCAGGAAAGAAACAGUAUUGGAUUUGGCAAAAUUUGUUGACAAGGGUGUACAAGUCAAGCUUACUGGUGGAAGACAAGUAACAGGGACUUUGAAAGGAUAUGAUCAGUUGCUGAACCUUGUCUUAGAUGAAGCUAUAGAGUUCCUAAGGGAUGCUGAUGAUCCUCUGAAGACUACUGACCAGACAAGGAGCCUUGGCUUGAUAGUUUGUAGAGGAACGGCAGUAAUGCUGGUGUCACCAACUGAUGGCACAGAUGAAAUUGCCAAUCCUUUUAUCCAGCCUGAUGGGGCCUAGAUGCGGUUAAAUCAAUAUGCACAUCUCCUUUGUUUCCCUUCGUAGUUUCUGAAAGCCACCCGACUUAACUUAAUGGUGGAGAUUGUAGAAAAUGUGGAUUAAAUCAAUGUUGUCUGCUUAAAUUCCAUUAUCUGCUUAAAUUGCCAUCUCAUAUGGUGCAUAUGUUUGAACUGGUUUGCUUCUUCUCCCUAUCAUCUUAGAUGUUCCUUGAAAAUUAGCUUUUGUACACGGGAUAUAAUUUCCUAUAAAUUAGCACUAGGAUAUGUUUGUGAGUUUCCUUAUA